AUGUCGUCUGAGAACCUGACAAAGUCCAUGCUUAAUACACAUAAUCUCGUUGUUCAGAGACUUGGAGGUGAAUGUAUGUCAGGGGUUUAUUUUUUGCUACCUUUCAAAUGUGGGAUCAUUAAAAGGAAAGCUAAGCUUGAGGGAAAGAAAUCUGGUGUUAAUAAAAUGGAUGUCGAUUCUGACGUAAAGGAAUACCAACCAUACUCUUUUUCUGAUGGAUCUGCCACCGGUCCAUUUCCACUUCCCUUUCUGGGAAACUUAAAUCUGAUUGGUACGACCGUUCACAUUGAUUUGGCAAAGCUUGCUAAGAAAUAUGGCGAUCUAAUGACAAUCUACUUCGGAAGCGAGCGUGCGCUUGUCGUGAGCAGCUCGGAAAUGGCUCGGGAGGUACUCGUGAAUCAAUCAUUUGUUUUUGGUGGACGACCGUUGAACCUACCUUACGCGGCCAUUUUGUUUAGUCACGAUGGUAAGAAUAUCGCUUUUUCGAAAGAAAUUUCUCAGCGUUGGAAGAAACAACGUAAAAUAUUUCAUGCUGCUUACAGGACGUUUGGUAAUAGUCUUGAAAAUAAGGCUUGUGACGUCAUAAAGGAUCUUUUGGCUGACCUGGGAGAAAAAACGGUCACUCCAAGAAACAUUCCGCAAGAUAUAUUUCAUUGUGUUGCUAACAUCAUUUGUGCCAUAACAUUUGGGUUCAAAUACGACAAAGAUGACCCAGAAUUCCAUGCUCUCAUGAACACUUUUAAUGUUGUGCAGCAGUAUGUUGCCCCUGGCAACCUCAUUGAUGCCAUCCCGUUGCUAAGGAGAUUGCCUUUGAAGAGCGUGAUUAAACUUAAGUCGGCCACUAAUCUUUUGGACACGAUUGUUUUGCGAAUAUACGGGGAGCACGAAACCGCAAAUCCAGUGGAAGACUACGAUUUGACGCAUGCGUUUCAGAAGCAAUCAGAUGACAUCAUGGAUAGUAAGAGUAAUGACGUCAUUUUAACGAAGGAAGAAAUAACUUGUAUGAUAAAAGAUAUUUUUCUAGCGGGAAUUGAAACCUCGACGUCAGUGAUCACGUGGGGGCUGUAUCUCUUGGCUUUUCAUUCAGAUAUACAAGAUCAGAUUUACGAAGAGAUGAUGCAAGUUCUAGGCCCCGAUUCUCCCCCGACAUUUUCCGACCGUCAUCGACUACCUUUGCUCUGGGCAAGCAUCACAGAAACGUUAAGAUAUGGGUCUAUUGUACCUUUACUUCUACCCCAUAGGGCAACAUCCGAUGCAAAAUACGGUUUUCACAUUCCUAAAGACACGACUGUAAUCGUAAAUGCCUUUGCUAUUCAUAAUGACGCAAGAACUUGGCAUGACCCGCAUGUCUUUAGGCCAGCCCGAUUUUUGAAUAGCUGUGGAAAUUAUUCGACACCACCGCCUUUCUCGACGCUUCCAUUCUCGGCAGGCAGUCGCGUUUGUGUCGGAGAGACUCUCGCGAAGAUGGUUGUGUUCGAUGUCAUUGCCCGGAUGUUAUAUAGUUACCGUAUGACAUUGGUAAACAUGAAGUAUCAGAGAGUGGAAGCUGACAUGACGAAUACAGCUUCUAUUCUUAAGCCGAAACAUUUGCAAAUAGCUCUUGAAAACGUUGUGUCUAAACAUGAAGUAUCAGAGAGUGGAAGCUGACAUGACGAAUACAGCUUCUAUUCUUAAGCCGAAACAUUUGCAAAUAGCUCUUGAAAACGUUGUGUCGUAAAACUGACGCAGUUGAUGGAACGACAAAAUGUCACUUUUAGUUUUUUACUCUUGGUUUAAUGACCAGUAGAUUCAUACGUUAAAAUCUUUCAUACUUAAUUUUGUAUAUUAUCUUGAUGUAAUCUUUUUCUGAUAUAUUUAAAAUAAUAGUAUUGUUCUUUAAAUGCAUAAAUUUCUUUCGAAUUACAAAAA